AUGCAGAGCUUGACGUUGAAGAUGAUGCCACCAGGUCGAGAAGGGAGCUCCAGCAACAAGAUACAGCAGCUAGAAGCGUACCACGAGGCUGCACUGCAGGACAAGCGCUCGCCUUCACCACAGCGGCUGCUGACUGCUGGCCUGGCUGACUAUCUGAGCCUUGCCACGCCGUGUGCCCAGACGACAAACCGGAAGUCUACUAUCGGAUGGGCGGCGACUUCCACAGCCCCAGAUGAAUUCCAGCUCGACCUCCUUUGCAAAACUCUAGAUUCUGUUCUGCCUUUGACGGUUUAUCACUGUCCGACUGGUCUCGACGACGCGGCGUACGCCCUCAAUCCGAGCGAGCGGCGCCCUCGUCAUCCACAGACGACGCCAAAGCGGACCUUGGGCCACAGCAAGUCCCUCGCGAGUCAAAUUCGCGUAAAGAACAUCGCUAACCUCGCGUCGACCAUCGAGCGGCUGCUCAAUAGGACGAAGCGCGAGGUCGAGCACGAGUUUCGAUCGGCCGAAGCGGUCCCCGCAAGGAUCCUCCGCGUCAACAUCCGGGGGUACGGCAGCCCCGAAACGCUGGAUGCAUGGUUUGAGUUUGUGGACGAGUCCGACUUCUCCCGCCACGGAAACCCCGUAUGGGACCUGAUGAAGGUCUGCCGCGAGGCCUACGUCGAGGUCCGCCGAGCCCUGCCGGACAGGGCCCUCGUGGCGGUCCCCAAGCCGAAGAAGAAGGGGUUCGCCCUUGCGUGGCUUCCCGUCAGCCUCUCGAGGGAUCAGUUCUGCGUCCGCGACGUCCUGACCGUCGCAAAGUAUUUAUUCAAUUCCCUGGAAAGGGAGGGGAAUGACAUCGCGGUCGUGCCCCCUCUGCACACCAUCGCAGUGGAACCACAGCUGGUGGUCGGCGGCGGCGGCGGCAGCGGUCCUCAGGGCAUUGCCCUAGGAGACCAGAUCAUGUACACCGCCGCCUUCUUAGGGGCCCAGCGGGUAUACCUUCUCCGUUGGGAGCCCUACUAUAAGAACCAAUCCCCGCAAAGCCUUUCACCCUUGGCAAUGCUCGACAACAUUCCCAAUCUCGGACAGCAUCAACCGGAGGCUGUUCGCGCCCAUUACUCGCAUCUGUUGCAGGCGGCAGACAAAGCAGUAGAAGAGGAGGAGGAGGAGGAGGCGUGGGUCAUGGCAUUGUGGUAAGUAACCCCCGCCGUUUCCUUCUCAUAGAGGUUGUCCAGUAAGCACUCGGGCUGACGGCAUGCUU